GAGGGGGAGCAGGUGUGGACCCUCAACAUUAAAAGGGCCUUUCUGAGCAUGCUCCAGACCUCCCACACCAGAGCCAAGCAGGAAACUGAGCUGGAGACAGAUGUCUAUGGGACAUGUGCCAGCAGGUACGAGCGGCGAGGAGCUCUACUUCUGAAAAGCAGGGAUAUAAAGCAAUGCCAACUAUCCAGACUGGAUCGCUUCUGGCCACAUUCUGUCGCUUUUACCGACGAUUCAUCGGUGCAGUCAGAGUUACUCUGCAGCCAACGAAUUGGCUCAGCUGUUACAGAGGAAGUCAACUGCACUGAAACAGUCUCUUUGGUGAUGCCGUCCAAAAGCUCAGGGCUUUUAAAGACCCAAACUGUGUCAACCAUCAAGCUGCUUAGAGUGCAACCCAUCUUGCCUUCGACAGCAGAGUCGGGCGGUUUUACUGUGUUAAGCCACCUGCAGUUUGAGGAUGAAGGUGCUCCACAACCAAGCAAGAUGAUCUCACAUCUGCACGCCGCUGAAACUGCCAGGAUGUUGUGCAUGGCAGCCACUGAGCCACAGCAGGCGUCCCAUCACUUCCUACAGCUGGUCUUCCAGCUCAGGGACUUGACGCUCCCACAGCUCAAGCUACUGUGGCAAGAAGCUGCUUUCAAGUGCCGCAAUGACUGGCAGCCAUUGUUGGAUGCACUACCAGCCUGUGGAUCUGAAAACUGCAUCAUCCUACUCAUGGAGCUGCUGAAGAAAAAAGAACUGGAUGAAAGUGAGGCUAAGACUUUGUUGGAAUCCAUUGCACUCAUUCCACAUCCAUCACCAAGAAUGAUCCACCUCAUCAGUUCUCUAGUAGCAGUCCCAGAGUUCUUUCCCAUGGCCUUAUUGUCCGGAUCUUCUAUGGUCCACCAACUGUGCCAGAGGUCCGAAACACCUUGUGUUGACCUUCCUCAAGUCCAAAACCUGGUAAAAACCAUACAAGAUAUCCUCAAGAGUGGCUGCAAUACACAAGAGCCCACGAGACUGAAAGAGCUUACAUACGCAGUGAAAUCCGUGGGAAACAUCGGUGGACCAGCCGAAUCCUUGAUUCCUCUAUUAAACAGCUGCGUGCUUGAUAACGUUGCACCGCUGGAGCUGAGACUUUCCAGCCUAAAAGCCUUCAGACGCUUCAGCUGCUCGAGCGAUAGGUCUGUGCUGUUGCAGCUGUACGGUUCCUCCCAGGAGGAUCCGGAGGUCAGAAUCGCUGCAUACCAGCAGCUCAUGCGCUGCCCAAAUCCGCACGUGUACAAAGCGGUCAGGACGAUACUGAGAGACGAGACAUCGAGCCAAGUCGGCUCAUUUGUGUGGAGUCACCUGACUAACAUCUUAAGGAGUGAGGACCCCAUGAAAAGGACAUUAACGGAGUCGCUGCCUGAUGACAUCAUCAGCAAAGAUUUUGAAGCUGAAUUUAUUAAAUAUUCGUCCUAUUCGGACCACACUUUGUCUUCAGGUUUGGGCAUGGCAAAUAUCGAAUCCUCAGUCAUAUUUUCCCCAAAAUCAUUCAUACCACGCUCAGCUAGUGCCAACCUCACGGUGUAUUUUCAAGGUCGAGCCACCAACCUUUUAGAAGUGGAUCUUCGAGUUGAGAAUGCAGAACCCCUCCUAAAGAGCAUAUUUGGACACAACAGCCAGGAUGGAGAGAUGUCUCAAACUAAAAAGCAAGAACCGUCCAGAGCAGUUAGGGCUGUACAGAAGAUACAUGAAGACCACGCGUGUUUGUCAAGCACUGGCCGUUAUCUGAACCAGGCCAGAACCAUGGUCUCGGGUGAAGAUAAGUUGAAAGAGAAUCAACUGAGGUGUUCGAUUGAUGUUAAAGUUUUCGGUAAUGAGCUUGGUGUUUUCACCUGCGAGGACAUCUACAACCAAAUAAACCAGCUCUCGCUGAGCGCAGCUGGACUUGCUGUCAAACUGUUGAAGGGUCAGGAGGUUCAGCUGAACCACAGGGCCGUGCUGAUGACAGACCGGCUGGUUUUGCCGUCGCUGUCUGGUUUGCCCAUCAAAUUUGCCAUCAACAUGACGUCGUUGCUUUCCUUGCAUGUGAAGGGGAACGCCAACUACAGGGACACGUCCCAUUUCUCAGUGACCGGCUACAUCAAGCCGAGUGCUUAUCUGGGCCUGUCAGCUCGAUUGGGCGUAGACGGUGCCCUGGGUCAAGCGGCGGUGGAGUGGAUGUCCAAUCUUAAAAGCUCCAUGAGUCUUGAUGGAAGCGUUGACCUGCAAGAGGGUCAAGACAUACGGGUCACUCUGAACACGCCUGAGGACGUCAUGGAUAUCAUCUCUUUCAACUCUCAAGUUUUUCAGCUCAGCGGCGACCACAGAGACGAAAUAAGUGGGCCCAAGACUCGAAUUCAGAAAACCAGUUGCACCCCAAAGUCCUUGUCGAAGAUAGUUGGUUGGCAGCUUUGCUCCAAUGCUUCCUACCCACUUGCUCCUGCUGGGAUCUCUCUCCCUCCCUCUGGUCCAGUCCAUCUCUCCCUCAGACUGCUGAAGCUGGACCGUGGACUCCACUACUACCUACUGGAGGCUGCCUAUUCACUCCAACUCCAGAGAGGCAGCUGGCUUCCCAAAGAGGCCUCCGUCCACUUCUUCCUGGCCACUCCGCAGUCCUCCAUUCCCAGAGACAUGUCAUUUGAUGUGGCCUUCAACUCACAGAGGCUACUGCUGAGGGUCACCCAUCCUCUGAAAACGAUUCUCAUCCAAGGCCAAGUUGAACACGAGAAGAGCCUUAAACGUGCAAAAGUGGAAUUAGUUAUUGAUACUUUUCAUUAUUAUAUUAUGGCUUUGGUUGACAGUCACACUGUUGCGUCAGACCAGAGGACCCGCUACCAUUUAGAAGCCAAAACAGGCAGCGAUGGAAGUCCUGUCAUCCUCUCUGCCAAUGUGACGCGGGGCAUUGGUGGGAAAACCAGUUUUUCUGCGACUGUGAAGAAUGUUUUUAGAGAAACAGCCUUAGUCUCUGUGUCCCUGGAGCGCAGGCGAGACAGCAGCAGUAAACAAUACUCUAUGGAGGCGGAGCUUCUUCUCCCUGGUGUUAUUGGCAGCAGGAUGCUGGGACUGAUGGAGCACAAAGGUUCACUGUGGAGCUCCGCGCUGCGACUCAAGUAUGGUGUCGGAGUUGACGCUCGCCAACUCCGUGAAGAGUGCUACACAACACAAAGAGUCCGAAGUGAAAGUCACUUUAACUUCACAAGCAACAUGAGAGCAGAUCAUGAGUUCUACUGCUCCAGCACGGCUCCGAUUAACCACCGGGUGCACAUUAGGCACGAGGAGAGCCCCAGCCAUGUUAAAUCCUCUCUGGAUAUGAGCUAUGGCAAACACUGGGAUGAGAUCAACAACAAGCGGACCCUCCUUCUGAGCCAGUCCUUCAAAAACCAGUCCACUGACAAUCACACCAGUUACACACUGGAGUUCAAUCUCCAAGUUCCUGAGAAGAAUUUAAACUACCGUACUCAGCUACUCCACUCACACCUGAGGCAGUUGGGGUCUGAAAGCAGCACUCACCUCAAAAUCAACUACAACAACAUGAUUCCAUUGGUGGCUGGUUUGCACUGGAAAACCCCAUCUAGCAAGGACCUGCAGAAAAAAUGGGAAGGAACAUUCAACAUGGACACGCCGUGGUUGUAUAUCUACACAACCCACGUGUUAAGCCAGCACCAGCAUCACUCUCUGCAGCUGACCUCAGAACUGACGGUGAGCAAGUGGAUUACGCUCCGAAACCUUCACCUGGAGGGUGUCUACCGCGAUAGAGGCAGAGAAAAAGAAGCCCGUCUGAAGCUCUACUCCCCCACUGCCACCUACAUACAGGUAGAAGGUUGGGGCUUUGUUGGGAAGCAACAUGUCAAAUCUUACUGCUCCUUGGUCUCACUGUGGACGGCACCUCUGAGGGGAGAGAUCUCUCUGGAGACUUUAAAGUUCAGCCACACCCUGCAUAUGCUUCUGAGCUCUGGCAAGCAAAACGCCAGCUUAGCCGCCGCCCUGACCACAGUCAACAAGAAUUUGAAAAGGAAGCAAGUCUCACUGAAGAUAGCCUUGUCGGAGCCCAAAAGUCGAAAAGAGUUGGAGUUGAACGGAACAUUGGAGGAGCUCAGAAAGGACAAGAAGAUGUACCAAAAAACUGCAGUCCUCCUGUUCAGGCAGCCCUUCCAGACCCUCCCUCCCAGUUUGCUCCUCAGACAAACGUUCACCAGCGACCUCCUCAAGGGUCUUUAUAUUUUGGAAUCAAGAGCUGGUCUCUAUGACAGCAGAGAGAUUGUUCACACGCUUACCAUCGGGUACAGACCACCGAGCCCUUUUGUUUGCUCUGCAUUGUUUCAUCCUUUCAGCUUCCAAACUAUCCCACCAGAUUCUGAAUUCUGUGUGAACGCAUCAAGCAACCUGACUCUGAAGGAGGUACAAGGUAAGCUGCGUAUCGGAAGCAAAGAGAAGCUGAACUUUUUUGGACAAGUUCAAGCCAACCCCUUGCAACUGCAGCAGCAAAUGAUCAAAGUCAAAGCCAAUAUGAGCCACCAGCUUCAGCUGCUACUCCCCUCCUCUGCUGUAGUGGAAGGGGACAUACGUUGGAAAGCCGAAAACAAAUCUGACUUUGAUUAUCAAACCCAAGGAAGACUGAAAGUAGAAAGAAACGAGUGUAAAGUUUCUGCUCAGAUCAGUGGGUCACCAGGAAAGGUGGAUCUGUAUGCUUUUGUCAAGCAUCCCUUCAAAUCCAAGCUCCCUAAGACAAUUGAGGCAAAAGCCAGUGCAGAUGUUUCUCCCUCAGCUGGAGGAGGCAAGAGCUCCGUGCGUGUGAAAGCUGACGGGAAAGACCGUGCAGUUCUGGACGCCCAGAUGUCUCACUCCCUCCAGCAGGGAGGCAGAUCUAUGGGCCUGAGGAUGAACUUAUCCCAGAGUUUGCUGCCUGCACUCACUGACCUGUACAUCAACACGAUGGCCAACAUGACACCAAACAGCGUUUCUCUACAUGGUUCCGUCACACAUGGAUCAAAAGUCAUGCUCGCUCUGUUCAAAGCAUCUCUAAGUAACACCACCGGCGUUCAUCUUGUGGUGUCUGCGGACUUGAGGCAUCCCUUCACCAGCUUCAGUAUCAUCCCCUCUGUUCUGAGCCUCGAUGGAGCUUUCGAUCAGUCUCCUGCAGUCAUGGAAGGUCAGAUAAGAGUUCGUGUCAUGGAGCGUUUGUACAGUGUGGAGUUGCAGCAUCAGCCAGGAGAAGCUCAGAGCAGAGACCAAGUUUCAGACAGAAUGGCACGUGACUGGAUUUGCGUUCGGUCUGGUGUGGAAUAUUUGUGCGUCAAUGUGAGUCAUCAGAUUUCACCCAGAGGAAUGAGAGAAUUCUCCACGCAGCUCUCACAUUCCUUUCACCAGCUCAGCGCUACAGGUGUGCCCACGAGCAACGCUGCUAAGAUCAGGUGGGACCAUGACGGAGGUCGUCUGUGGGUCACAGCAGACGUGCAGGUCGGGACAGAAUAUCUCAAAGCUGGGCUCAAUGGCGGCAGGGCGAGUGGGUCAAGUCUAAGAUGGGACUUCGUCUGCAGCUUACAGCACCAGGUGAAUUCACUGCUGAAAAGAGGAAUAUCCAAUUCAUCUGGAGCCAAAGCACAUUGCCAGAUAUAUGAGGAGGGGUUGGACACAGGGCUGCAGAUACAUGUGGGAGACGAGCCAAUGGUGGACGCUCUUUUUGCUGUUGGAUCGAGGAACGGAGGGGUUUUCUUAGCUGCGUCAAUAUGGCAACAGAUGAAGCUGCUCAGUGGAGUCGUGCCCAACUACCUGCAGAUGAACUGCUCGGGGGACGGCGCCGCAGACCGACUCUCAGCUCAGUGCCAUGGAAACAUUGCAGGUCGGCCUGUGGAGACUCUCCUGCCUCCACAAAUGUCAGUGAACGUCUCUCUCAGUCGCUCCAGCGCCUCCACCGACCUUAUCACUGCUGUUCACCUCCUGAACGAGCAGAAAGGAAAGCUGCUUUUAUCCCUCACCUGCCAUCCCAGUCGAACUUUCAGAGCGUCCUUCCAGCACUCUAUAGAUCUACUGCGCACGUUGGGCUUUCUUCAGCAAGGAUCAGUGAUGCUCAGCGUCUCACCUUCUCCUAUGUUGGCCGUGAACUUCAACCUGGACCUCGGCCGCUGCUACUUUAAUGGCAAUGUGGGGAAUCCCAAAUCUUCAAAUGCUGAGCUCAGCCGUUUUUUGUAUGCUGCGAACCUGACCAGCUACUGCCCUGCUCUACAGGAAACUGUUCUUCCAGUGAGCCUGGUCUACACGGGGGUCCUCUCAUUGGUUCCGUGCCAGCUGAUGUUGACAACUUUCCUAAAAGCCGACAGUCAGGAACUGUCCUUGGAUCUGGGCCAGUCCUGCAGCAGGUCUCCUCAUGUGUUUGGGACUCUCAAGCACACAUUCCCUGGGCUGAAAAUCAGGGGAGUCCCACAAACCUUCACUGUCGAGGUCACCGCUCCCGGCGACCCACAGCCGACUGGCGUCUUGGUGAUCAAGUUAGGGAGUUGUUACUUUCAAGUGGAUACGGAGAGAGACGCGAGCGGGAGAACACUGUGGGUUUGGAGGCUGCAGUCCAAGUGUCCAAUGCUUCAGGCUCAGCUGAACGGCUCAGUGUGGCAUGACCACUGGGGUUCAUGGACAGUGAAGAUGGAGACCAACCUAAAAGGGAGAAGAGGCCACCUUACACUGAACGCUCAGUCACGACCUGACUUAUUUAUAGAAGGCGAAGUCCAUCAGAACAUUCCUUUUCUCAGAGGUUUCCCUGGAAGCGGCAAAAUUACCUUGAGAUCCAGAGCCUUAGAGCAACAGUACAAAACUGAAGCCUUCAUUCAUAUGGACGACUGUGUUGUCAAUGCAGCUGGAGCUGUGAUGUUACAUCCUGGCCUGCAGGGGUCAGUGCUGUACCACAACAAUUGCACAGUGAUCCAGGGAUUUGGCAGUCCUGGUGAAAUACAAGCGUCUGGCUCCUUAGCUGUCUCCCCUGCUGUUGCUAAAGCGCAAGUCUCUGCGGCGAUAGACGGUACAGAGUUGCAUUCCGUGGUGUCUCUGAAGCAAAACAAGGAGCAGAAUGAGGUCCAUCUGCUUUUCAAUCACACCGUGCCUCUUUUGAAACGCUUUGGUGUUGUGUCGAAUGCCGAAAUAACUUUGAAAUCUGGUCGUCACGGCAACCAGUCCUGCUAUUACCUGCUGCACUGUAGCAUACAGAAGCAAAAGUUCACUCAAGAAAUCAAGAUGGAGAAAACAUCUGUGACGACAAGGGUGGAGAACCAAUUGCGACACAGUUUCAGUUCUCUGAAGAAACUUGGGUUACCUGGGAACAGCAGCGUCCAGGUAGAAAUCAGCUCUUCUGAAGGAAACACUCUCAACUUGCUCUCCCAGUUUGGAGAGCAAAAAGCUGGACUUAAACUCCGGAUGAAAACCUUCUCGUCCAGCAAAGAGAUGAGGGGAGUCAUGUGGCACAACUUGACGUGGCUUCGAGAUCAAGCGCUUCCUUCUCAUGUUCAGGGUUGAUGCUCCGUUCAAGGGCCAUUGUCUCAACUCCAGUCUGGAGUUCAGGUGGAGGUGGAUGGAAACAAGCUCCUCAUCUCUGGCCUGAAUGUGAGCUUAGCUGAUGGACGUCUGGCUACUCUUCUGGUCUUCUCACC